AUGCCGUCACAACACGAAUCCGAUCUUGCUUUGGCGCUUGCUGACAAAUCUCUGCGCGAUUCGCUUAGCCGAAUCACACACUGGGCAGCUGAUGGCCGGGAAGUGAUGGAUCAGGCGCAUGAGAUAGCGCGGCAGCUGUCUCAAGCGCUGCAGCAGCAUGGCAGGACGUGCUCGGUCAUCUCACCGUUCCUGCUUUCUGCAGCCGCUGAAAUCCGGGCGACCAUGAAUCAAGGUCUUGUCCCCCAAUGGGAUUGUGUGUGCCAUAAUGAUUAUCGUAUGGAGUCACAUCCGUUCUUCCCAAAGACUGCUGGAUAUCAACACACAGCUGCUGCACCGGCGCCUGCACCUACACCGGCGCCUGCGCCUGCACCGGUGCAUGCACCUGCACAUGUGCCUGAUCCGGCACCUGAUCCGGAACCUGCAGUUGCACCGGCACCGGCACCAGAACCAGCCCCCACAAGGCUGUCUGUUCCGCCGAUCGCCUCACUCCCUCGCAUCGGUCAUUCUCAACAGCCCGUUGUUCCUAGCACCAUUACUGACAAGGGCAAACGGUCUGACCGGGGGGCUCGUAGAACCAGAGAAGACAGCCCUGACGCCAAGUCAGGCAGGAAGAAGCAAAAGGUGUUGAAACAUCUGUCAAAGGCUAUCAUCUCCAACACCGAGGAUGAGGACAGGCGGCCAACAGGCACCAUCAUAGUCAAGCGGGCCAAGGUUGCUGAAUCUUCCGGUGUAGCGCCGGUCAAAUCACAGGGUACGACGAAACACGUAAAGCAGCCGGCCGCCGAACCAAAGAUCGGCCGAGCCCAGCAAAAGGGCAAAGGAAAGGAAAAGGCUGUUGACAUCGCCGGGCCUAUCAGAGGGCGCCGGCCACUGAGGGCCAAUGAUGAGGAGGAGUACACUCCACCGUGCGACAGAUGCAUCGGGGAAUCUUGCCUUGUUGUGGUCGGCAGGAAGGGGCAGGCCAUCAAGUCCUGCGCCAAGUGCCAUUUUAUGAAGGUACGGUGUGAGCGACCAAUGUCGGUCGAUACCCGCGGCCCUGCAACAAUGCGGGCUCCAAAGUCACAUCCUCGGCCAAAGGCUGCACCGGCCUCCAAGUCCAAGGCCCAAUCCAGGACCACCAGAGCAACCUCGCGCGCACGUCCACCGACUCCCAUGGUGGAAUCUGAGGAUUCUGUUGAGGAUCCUGAGGUGUCUGUCGCCGGCCACGAUGAUGCCGAUAUGGAUCUUGUUACCGACGCCGAGCAGCACACUGACAUUCCUACUGAGAUGUUGGCUGAGGCUGCUGAUCAAAUCAUGGUUGACCAGCCUGGAGCCAUUGCUUCUGUGGACGACUUCCCCCACGACCAUUGGCUGGAGAACACUGACGAUUUGCCCGUCCCUCAUGUCCCACCAACUCAUGUCGCCGAUGCUGUUUCCCUUCCUUCGGCGCCGCCAGCACCUACCAUCCUCGAACAUGUGCUCGCCCUAACAGCUCAAGUCAAUGCCAUGCAAACGGCCGACGACAAUGCCCUUGCUAGGGUGAAUGCGAUAAAGCACGAUUUUGAUGCUCGCAUCUCCUCGAUGCGUGCUGAGCUUUCCGCCGUGCAGCUUGAUGUCGGCACCACCGUGAUGUUGGUGAAUGGACUUGUCGGUCUUGUUGAGAAGCUUCGGCAGGAGCGGGUCCUUGCCAAUCCAUCGUUCCCACCACCGAUGGUGAGCCAUGGCAAUGAUUCCACUGCCACCGCAUUCGGCAUGAGGUACUUGAACGGCGUGUUUGGUCCUUCCAUUGCUCCUAUCCCCCUUUCUGUUGGCGUCGGUCAAACUGUCAUAUCCCGUAUUCCGGACCUACAUCCGACAAUAUUCCCACGCCUCAUCCGGACCUUCGGACACCCUAUUCAUGUCUCCAGUCCUCUAUCCAUCCGGAUCCCUGCACCCCUGCACAUCCACAUCCACAUCCACAUACAUUUACCUCCAUACCUCAAUCCACGCGUCUCAUCCGGACAUCCGGUCCAGUCCGGUCCGAUCCGAUAUACGAUAAGCUUCCUAAUUCAAUUCCUGUGCAUAUAA